AUGGCAGAUUCCGCCGGUGUUUCCCCCGCCCUAACCCACAGAAAGGCUGCAGCUAAAGAGGCGCGAGAGUCGGCUGUUCCCGUCGGCGUCAGCGUCGCGCUUGCCGCCGUUGAGGAUGUGUUGGCCGCCAAGCAUCGGCAGAUCGCUGCGCAGGCGCAGGAACUGCUGAGCCAGCGGCGACUGAUAACCGACCUCUGCGGCCCAAGUGAGUCCCCCACGCGGACAAGCACACUGAAUGUAACAUUACAUUCACCUGCAACUGGUGACUCUUGUACUACUAUCCCACCGCAGCAGCUGGCUCCAAUGGCGGAACCAGCAGCUGCAGAUGCGGACACAGAGCAACACUACACUGGGCCCUGGUGGUGGGGGGGUGGCUGCGAGGCGGCCGCAGCUGCAGACACAGGGGGACGGUCAGUGUGGCCCCGGAGCUCACAGCCGCAACAGCCGCCGCUGCUGCUUCUGCCGCUGCCGUUUCUGCCGCUGGCACAGACGCACACAACACACGCAUUCUCCAUGGCAGGGGCCGUGUUCCGUACGCUGGCGCUGGUGGCGCUCCUUGCGGGGACUUAUGGAAGCAGACACCAGGCUGCGUCGUCUUCCUCCGCUCUGGCCAAGUUUGUCCUCAUGUUCUCCAGACCGGGAGCCUUCAACCAGUCGGCGCCCGCGUUCGGCCUGCCGCUGGAGACGAGCACGUCGUGCCCUCCGGGAGAGGAAGGCCUGGAGUGCCGGCGCGCCGAGGCCCGCAGGCUGGCCGACACCUGCCCGGGAGGAGGUGACUGCAAGACAUGUGCCGGCUGCGAAGAGGCCAAUGCCAGUGACUGGCCCCGCUGCUGCCAGCAUGGGGGCUACUGCUGCUACGAGCUGGUCGCCGCCUGCAACUCCUGUAACAUCACAGUCUUGCAGCCAUUCUGCAGCAAACACCUCAAACGGUGCUUCGAAUCCAACUGAAGUUGUGCUUCAAAAAGCCACUGAAUUGGCAGGAGGGUGACAAAUUGGAAGCUAGUCACUAGGUGUCAUGCAGAGUUGAUUACACAUUCGUGCAUCAGACUGCUGUAGGACUGCUGUAGAGGUUCUCCUAUUUUUAAUUUGAAUAUUUAGUUCUUUCCAUAGCCAUCAAUUAAAUUUCAAAGGUUACAGUAUUACAACUUACAUAUUGUAAGAGUAAAUAUUCUGUGUACAAAUAAACCAUCAUUACAGGAAAGAGACUUAAAUUUGCCUACCACCUGACUCACAUAUAUCAUGUCUCAUAUCAGCCUUAUUGACUGUAUCCACAGAUGGCAGGCCCAAUAUCUUUUGUAUUUGCUAUCAAGCACUAAUGUUCAUGAAUGUAGAAGUAUUUGUAUGUAAUUUAAUACACUUUUGUGGCUGUUCAUUAACAGUUAAGAAUUAAAAGUAUUCUCCAAAAUAACUAACUGUAAACAACAUUGUGUUGAAUAAAUAUUUACAAAUUC